AGAAAGCGCCGCUGCUCAGCUGUAGUCCACGCCUCCUUCCCGCCCCGGUGACAGUCUCUGCGGAAAGUCGCGUUUGUGAUUUCUGGAGAGCACCCAACGGGACGACGGCGGUCCUGCCUGGUCGUUCGGGCCAAGCGACGAGGAAACGGUUUCCUGGCGAACUGCCCACCCCACCCCGCGCCCCUAGGCAGCCCGUACCUUUAGGGCCUGAGGAUGCUGAGAUCUAUGUGGAAUUUUCUAAAACGUCAUAAAAAGAAAUGCAUCUUCCUGGGCACAGUCCUCGGAGGAGUAUAUAUCCUGGGAAAAUAUGGACAGAAGAAAAUCAGAGAAAUACAAGAAAGAGAAGCUGCAGAGUACAUUGCUCAAGCACGACGACAGUAUCAUUUUGAAAGUAACCAGAGGACUUGCAAUAUGACAGUGCUGUCCAUGCUUCCGACCCUGAGAGAGGCCUUAAUGCAACAACUCAAUUCUGAGAGCCUAACCGCUCUGCUAAAAAACAGGCCUUCAAACAAGGUGGAAAUAUGGGAGGAUCUGAAGAUAAUAAGUUUCACAAGAAGUAUCGUAGCAGUAUACAGUACUUGUAUGCUGGUGGUUCUUUUGCGAGUCCAGUUAAACAUAAUUGGUGGAUAUACUUACCUGGAUAAUGCAGCAGUUGGCAAAAAUGGCACUACAGUUCUUGCUCCCCCAGAUGUCCAACCGCAAUAUUUAUCAAGUAUUCAGCACCUCCUUGGAGAUGGCCUGACAGAAUUGAUCACGGUCAUUAAACAAGCUGUACAGAAGAUUUUAGGAAGCAUUUCUCUUAAACAUUCUUUGUCCCUUUUGGACUUGGAGCAAAAACUAAAAGAAAUCAGAAAUCUAGUUGAGCAGCAUAAAUCUUCUUCUUGGAUUAAUAAAGAUGGAUCCAAAUCUUUAUUAUGCCAUUAUAUGAUGCCAGAUGAAGAAACUCCAUUAGCAGUCCAGGCCUGCGGGCUUUCUCCUAGAGAUGUUACAACUAUUAAACUACUCAAUGAAACUAGAGACAUGUUGGAAAGUCCAGAUUUUAGUACAGUUUUGAAUACAUGUUUAAACCGAGGGUUUAGCAGACUGCUAGACAAUAUGGCUGAGUUCUUUCGACCUACUGAACAGGACCAACAUAGCAACUCCAUGAGUAGUCUUUCCAGUGUCAGCCUGCCAUUAGCUAAGAUAAUUGCAAUAGUAAAUGGACAGAUCCAUUCAGUUUGCAGUGAAACACCUAGUCAUUUUGUUCAGGAUCUGUUGAUGAUGGAGCAAGUGAAAGACUUUGCUCCUAAUGUGUACGAAGCUUUUAGUACUCCUCAACAACUGGAGAAGUGAUUUCUUUUCCUUCAAGAAAAACUACAAUGGAAUUCAUUUACUUUUAAAAAUAUGCUGAAUAAACCAACUAUAUAUAGGGUAAUGAUUUGUUACCAAAAUGCCUAAUAAAAAUAUAUUCUUAAUCAAA